AUGUCGUCUCCGGCACAAAGACGAUCGACGCGCUCGUCGGCUAACAACACGCCUCAGCGCCGCUCACAACGCAACUCCCAAGUCCCCCCCAGCGAUCCCCCCCUUCCACACGCAGACGCAGACCAGGAUCCUGCGAACUCGCGAUCACAAAGUCAAGCACAACAGGCAGGCGGUACGCCACGGGCAAGUCAGCAGAGUAACAGCCAGAGCCAGGCGCCUCCUACAAGCAGUCCGCUGUUCUUGAGGAGUUCGCCAGCGGGCAGCCAGAGCCAAUCUCAGUCUCAAAGUCUUGGUGUCCCGGCGGGGGCAAGCAAUGGACUGGCGAGUAGCCCGCUGAGGCAGAGGACUGAUGCAACGCCUGGGGCGCUGAGCAGCGAGGGAGGCAGAACACCAAGGGCAGGAGGCGGCGUUGGUGGUAAGAAUUGCUUACUCUUCACUCGGGUGGUAAUGGUAGACUGAUGAUCAUCCAGAUUCCAGCCCAAUCCAUUAUGGCACGAGCUCUGAUGCUGCUGGACCGGCAAAUGGCCAUCGUGCUGAUCGAACAAGCUCCACUGGUCUGUUUGUACGCUCUGGAAUGUCAGGCGCACCUAGCGCAAGAGAUAGGAGACACGAUAUCAAUUCGGAUGUUCUGGAGAGCAGCGGUCGGCGACGACAAUUGUUCGUCGACGAAAAUGGAGUGCCCGUUCAGGACGUCUCCGACGCGGCAACGUUCUCGAAUCCCAACCCCGAUACCUCUGACGCGGCUGUCUUAGGAGGACGGUCGACAAGAUACAUCUGGGGCACAGAUGUCUCUAUCACGGACUCCUUCUCUGCCAUGAAGGAUUUCCUUUACAACUUUCAGAAGAAAUACCGCAUGAUCCAGGAUGGAGAAAUACGCGACAACGAAACACUUGCAAGCAACGAUCGAGGACUGGAGAAGGACUACAUGAAGAUGCUGGACACAAUGCUAGAACUUGGCACAAAGGCAUUCUAUUUGGACUGCAGAAAUCUCAAGGCCUAUCCCGGAACAAGGAAGCUGUGGCAUCAGCUGCAAUCGUUCCCCAGCGAAAUCGUGCCAGUUAUCGACACGGCUGUGAAGGAUACUAUGAUUGAGCUGGCUGAAAAGAAGAUGAGCGAGAGACGGUCACAGCAAUCACAACAGAGUCAGCAAGACCGGGCCAGGAAUUCGUCUUCUAUGCCGCCAAUGCCCAGCUCCGAUGUCGAUAACGUGGGUGCACAGACUCCGAGACAACAGCCGCCUCCUGCGACGCAAGAUGAACAUGAUCUCGUUGCCGAAGUUGAGCAGAGCGUGUACCGCUCACGCCCAUUCGGUCUUGAUAAGACGAUCAACUUGCGGGACCUUAAUCCUGGCGAUAUGGACCAGCUCGUCUCCAUCAAGGGGCUUGUCAUUCGCACGACGCCCAUCAUUCCCGACAUGAAGGACGCCUUCUUCCGAUGCUCUGUCUGCCAUCACACAGUCAAGGUUGACAUUGACCGUGGCAAGAUCGCAGAGCCUACUCACUGCCCUCGUGAAGUCUGCAAAUCCAGCAAUAGCAUGCAAAUUGUUCACAACCGCUCUGGCUUUGCGGAUAAACAAGUAAUCAAGUUGCAAGAAACCCCGGACGCGAUGCCUGACGGACAGACGCCACAUUCGGUCAGCUUGUGUGCAUACGACGAGCUCGUCGAUGUCUGCAAGGCGGGAGACCGCGUUGAAAUCACUGGUAUUUUCAAGUGCAAUCAGGUGCGCGUCAAUCCCAGACAGCGGACUGUGAAGAACAUUUUCAAGACGUACGUAGACUGUCUGCACGUGCAAAAGGUAGAUAAGCGAAGAAUGGGCAUCGACCCAUCGACAAUCGAAGAAGAAUUGUCUGAGCAGGCUGCCGGAAGCAUGGAAGAGAAGCGCAAAGUCAGCGAGGAAGAAGAGGCCAAGAUCCAAGAGACUGCCGCGCGAUCCGACGUGUACGAGUUGCUGUCGCGAUCUUUGGCACCCUCUAUCUACGAGCUAGAAGACGUCAAGAAAGGCAUCCUGCUGCAGCUCUUCGGAGGCACAAACAAGAGCUUCGAGAAGGGUGGCUCACCCAAAUACCGCGGCGACAUCAAUGUGCUGCUCUGCGGUGAUCCAUCGACUGCCAAGUCGAAGAUGUUGGAAUACGUUCACAAGAUCGCACCGCGCGGUGUCUAUACAUCUGGCAAAGGCUCAUCUGCUGUCGGUCUGACGGCGUAUGUCACUCGUGAUCCAGAGACACGCAGUCUGGUUCUCGAAUCUGGCGCUUUGGUUUUGAGCGACGGCGGUGUCUGCUGCAUUGAUGAGUUCGACAAGAUGUCCGACUCUACUCGGUCAGUCCUGCACGAGGUCAUGGAGCAGCAGACGGUGUCCAUUGCCAAGGCGGGCAUCAUCACCACACUGAAUGCAAGGACAAGUAUCCUCGCCUCUGCCAAUCCUAUUGGCAGCAAGUACAACGUCAACUUGCCCGUGCCGCAGAACAUCGACCUGCCACCCACGCUACUGUCAAGAUUCGAUCUGGUGUACCUUGUACUGGACCGGAUUGAGGAGAGCGCUGAUCGAAAGCUGGCGAGGCAUUUGGUUGGUAUGUAUCUCGAGGAUGCGCCGGAUAACGCCGCGAGAGAGGAGAUUCUUGUAAGUCCAAUGUGAUCGCACAUUUGGAUAGCUAUGCUAACCUCGUGGCAGCCCGUUGACUUCUUGACCUCCUACAUCUCCUACGCCCGCGCCAACGUGCACCCAGUCAUCACUCCGGCUGCCGGCGAUGCUCUCGUGCGCUCCUACGUAGCCAUGCGCAAACUCGGUGAAGACAUCCGGGCCGCAGAACGCCGCAUCACUGCCACCACGCGUCAGCUUGAAAGUAUGAUCCGUCUCUCUGAAGCACACGCCAAAAUGCGUCUUUCGCUUACCGUGGAGGAAUCUGAUGUCGAAGAAGCCGUGCGUCUGAUUCAAUCGGCUCUCAAGCAAGCCGCUACGGAUGCCCGUACCGGUCUCAUCGACAUGGGUCUCCUCACAGAGGGCACUUCCGCGAGCGAGAGGAAGCGCAAGGAAGAUUUGAAGAAUGGUGUUUUGAGUGUGCUUGAUGAGAUGCUGAGGGGUGGAGCGCAGAGUGUCAGGUAUGGAGAUGUUGUGAGGACGAUGAGUGAGCAAAGCUCUGUCCCUGUGGCGGGACAAGAGUUUACGGACGCCGUGAGAUCUUUGGAACAGGAGGCCAAGGUGCAGGUUGUUGGAGAGGGACCAAGGAGGAGUAUUAGGCGGGUGACUGGAGUUGCUUGA